UAAUAAUAAUAAUAAUAAUAAUAAUAAUAAUUAUUAUUAUUAUUAUUAUUAUGUUACUAAAACCUACCUUACGAAGAACUUGGACAAUGAAUAAAUUAGAGAAAAAUUUAAAAAACAAAGUUAAGGACAAAAAUAACACAAAAGAUAUCCACCUUGAGUCCGACUUAGCGCAUAUUAUUUUAUUACAAUAAUAAUAAACACAAAAAAAUCAUAAAGGGAACAACUUGUAAUAUAUAUAGUAAUAUAGUACACCAAGUUGGUUUUGAUACAAGUCAGCAUUAGAACAGAAUGUUGAAUAUUUUACUGCCUUUGUGCAUUUCAUAAACAAUAUAGCUGUACUUCUUUUGAAAAGAAAUAAUACAAGAAGAAAUUGAUUAAUAUACACACAAAUUGAUUAGUGUACAAGUUGAUAUGGUAACCAGCUAAUCAAUACAAAGCCAGGGGGAUUUGUUUUAUUAGCAUACAAAGGCUUUCCUUUUGGGAAGUAGAUUAAGACAAAUUUAAACAAAUUUUGAAAUAUGAUUAUCAAUUUAUCUAUAUUUUAAUUCAAGAACAUAUAAAACACAACAAAAUGGAGCAAAGUGCCAGUCAGUUAACGCAUAAAAAAUGUAAUGCUCAGCUGACUCAGAGGCUUUUUAAAGCACAGGAUUCUUAAGUUUUUAGAAUGAGGUAGGCUCAAAGUGAACUUUGACACAAGUUAUGUAAAUGAUAUUUUAAAGUAGUCUAAUGUCUAAUUUAAAAUUAUUGGUGGUGAAACUGUACGGUAUUGAAUUUAAUAUUGUAAUUUGUAAGAGAAAUCAUAUAGGAUACAAUGGAUUACCCAAUAAACUAAAUUACGCAUAAAAAAACAUUAUGCAACCUACAAUGGCAAGUGUCAGACAGAUAACUACAACAAAAAAGUUAUCAAAGUAGACAGAGUGAUUCUGGAACAAGUACUUAAGUUUCAGUAUCUUGGUCAGAUGAUAUCUGAAGAUGGGAGAUGUGAAGUAGAAGUGAAGACAAGAAUCGCAAUAGCAAGAAAUACAUUUCUGAAAAUGAUUGAUGCGCUGGCCAGCAGAAGACUCUCCAAAACAUGCAAACAUUUAAUGCUAUGCUAUGUUCUAUCCACCUUUAUGGAAACAUGGACACUGUAUAAAAAGCUGGAACAUAAAAUUGAAGCCUUCGAAAUGUGGGCUUACAGAAAAAUGACCCGUAUUUCGUACUGACAGCACAAAACUAACAAUGAAGUACUACAACUUGUAGAUGAGAAGUGCACACUCCUUGGAAAUAUUAAGAAACGGAAAUGUCAGUACCUUGGGCACAUAAUCAGAGCCAAUAAUAUUAAAAGAAAUAUCUUGGAAGAAAAAGUCAGAGGGAGGAGACCACGAGGAAGACCUAGGCGGACAUGGAUGAGGGAAGUCUGCCAGUGGAACAACCUAGACAUGUCAAUGUAACAAUAGCUGCACAGGACAGACAAUGAUGAAGAUCUGUGGUAGACAAAGUCCUAGUUCAACAAGCCACCACAUAAGCCCAAAUUACAAAAUUGGGAUUCACCAUACAGCAAGAUUAUACCAUUAUUAAAAAUGACGUAAUGCCUCCAUCAGUCACACGCCUGCGCAAUACCACUAUACUGACGGGAAUUUUGAAGAUUGGUCGAAGAUAUUUAUAGCAUCUUAAGAAAGGAAGAAAUAAUAUAUUCUAAAAUAACAAAAUAUUAACUAAUUGAUUGUGCAUAUUGAUGACUCAACUGGUUUCAUUGAUUUUGGUGAAUGUUUGGGUUAUCCCAAAAAAAAAAUGUAAAUAUACUUGACCUCUUGAACUUGUAUGAAGAUCAUGUGAUUCUGGCCAAUGUGCAAGAAAAAUAGUUUUUAGUUUACCAAAAACCUUAUAAACUGCACACAAAAUAUUAUAUUUCAAUCUUCAAGCCUUGCUCUACGAAACUGGAAUUCACCGUGUUUAAUCAAUUUUAUGAAUGUGCAUCGCUAAAACAUACGGGUUACAUAUGACGUAUAGGCGACACCUUAGCGUCAGUUUCGCAUUAGCAAUAUACUGCAACAAUCCAGGAGCAUCUUCACAAAAGAAAACGCAAGCUACGUGGCAGCAAUUGAAUAAAGAAAUGGAAGACAACUUCAUGAGAAAUGUUUGUUCUCCACCGAUUCUUAUAAACACACCAGAGGUGCAAACUGUCACACUGCUUGAAAGGAAGAUACACGGGAUUAAAAUGUGGAGAUUCUCCAAUGAUAGGACGAAACAAUUCUUGAUAAAAUUCUACAUUGAGGAGAUAAGUACAGAGCACAAGCUUCAAAAGUUCAACGUUUUACUUGGUGGACAACCCACAUUGCUUGGUGUGAAGAUGAUCUUAUUAGGCUCCCAUAAUGCUCAAGCAUAUGCACACAGAAGUGAUGAAGAUUCAACUUCUGUUCACCUGAUGCUCAAUCAUGGAUGCCACACUUACGAGGAGUUCAAGACCGAUCUGAACUUGGCAAUAGAAAGAGCAAAUAAUCAUUAAGGCAGAAGUGUGCUGGCCAAUGUUGAACCAGACUGAAGCUCCUUACAAAUGCAUACAGCUGAUUAUAUAUCUCAAUCAUCCUUUGUCAAUAGAUAUUAGUUUGUUUGGAGUAAUAUCAUGCAUAUAUUUAAAUCAAGAUCUUCAUUUUCAAUAUAUCACAGUACACAUUUGAACAGUAACAUGUGAAGAUUAUAGUCAUGUUUCUUCCAAGAUAUGUGAAGAUCUUCCUAUAUAGGUUCAUAUUUUUCUGUAAAUGAGGUCAAUGUUUAUUUUCCAAAGAUUGUGUGAAAUAGUUGACUCAAAACAGCUUCCACUUUGUUAUCUUUUAUUGGGGAGGGCCUGCUUCCCCUGUGCACCCCUAGACAUGCCACUGUUUAGGAGAGGCUAUUAAGUAUUAUUCCCUUAAAAUUAAACUAUUUAUUUUUGCAAAUAAGCAUAAAUAAUAAAACCUGCUUUCCCAUCAAGAGUCACUGUGCUAUGAAACAGCAUGCUAGACAGAUGUUGCAUUAUAGCUGCUACACUGUUAUUAUUAUUACUAUUAUUUCUAUUAUUAUUACUGUAUUAAUAUUAUUAUGAUUAUUAUCAGUAUAGUAAUUUCACUAAAUCGGACUUAAGGGUAAAUAUUUUUUUUAGCAUUUGAUUUCAGUUCUUUAUGUAUUUGGUUCUUAUGGUUGAUGGGCUUCCUGCUUCUGUAAUAAUAAAUUAUGAGGUGCACUUGUUGUCAUUUAGUUUUGUUUUGUCUUCCAAAUUCAAUACUUACUUCAUUUUACACUCAUUCUCAUCUUAAAUAAACAUUUUUAUUAUUUACAAAUUGUCAUUUGAAAUACUGUAAACAUUCUUUUUGAAAAAACAAUGAAUGUUUACAUCCAAGCAGUUUCACUGACAGUCAG